AUGAGUCACAAUUACGUUAAAUUGGAUCAUCCAUCGUGCCUCUUCGUCUUGACACCGCGUGAUGGUAUUAAUCGCUUUGAGUUCCAAUUGCCUUUCUUCCCCAAACUUGUCCUUGGUCUGGGCACCAAACCAGGUCGCACAUUCUCUCUGAAUCGCUCUGCCACCGAGGAAUUCUCCAUUUUUGCAUCGCGUCUCAUGGAGAACAUGAACAAAUACUUCGAUCCACCUCAUAAAAAUGUCAAAGCAGGCAAUCCCAGUGUAUGUCUACGUGUAAUCGAUGUCAGAUUGGAUGAUGAUCGAUGGAAGGCAUCUGAUACACUUGGCGCUAUCUUCUCCACCCCUCAACCUAUGCAACUGCAGUUGUUUAUUGAGGCGGACACUCUGAAAGUUGUCGCGUUCGACGUCCGGGUCAAUCCUGCCAGUGUGGAAACUAUGAAGUUGGAUUUGCUUCUGUUUGUGGGGUGCCCUGCCUGUCCUGCAAUAGCAGGGGAAAACUUAGAUUUAGGAAAGUCGAGAUUCGAGUGGUUUGUCUCUGCGAAACCCAGGUCAGCGACUGAUCCUGUGGGGAAAGAGGAAGAGAUGGUACAUGAAGGUUUUGUGUUCAUUCCACGACCCGAACACAUUGGUCAGUUUGUCCGCUUGAGGGUGCUCCCCUUUGACGCACGCGGCCUCCCCGGUGUACCGUUUGGCGAACCCAAGUCGUUUGCUCUCUGCAGCAAUAAAAUGACGCCCCAACCGCUGCCAUUUUUUGGCCAAUUUGUCACAUCCUCAGAACCCAUCACGGAGGCUCCUCCUCAAAACCUCAUUUGCGAAAGUCCAAUGGUCUGUGUGCACAGAUUCAAGGAGGUCGCAAGUCGAAGUAAGGGGAUGAAUGAGUUUCGACUAGUCAGCUACAAUCUCCUAGCCUUCUUGUACAGCAGCACGGAGAUCGCUCGCACCUACUUCUUUCGCCAUUGCCCACCAGCCUACCUAGAGCCGAACUACCGCUUCCCCCUCAUCUAUCGCGAACUGCUCGCCUAUAAGGCGGACAUACUUUGCUUGCAAGAGGUGGAUACUACACACUUCCAGCGCCGUCUGACCUUUCUCCUUCAACAGGCCGGCAACUUUGAAGGAUAUUUCCUCAGCAAGCUUUUGAUAAACGUCCCAAGCACACUGUCGUCCUUGCCAUCACCGGAGCCCAUCACCUCUCAUCCGAGAAAGGGAGAGGGAGUAGCGAUCUUCUUCCGGCGUGAGCGAUUUCGUUUGGUGAAGGAGGUGGCACUUGACUCCUUAAUUGUACACGCGGAGACCGAGUAUGCAGACCUGGCAAGGACCUACCACGCAUUAGCGGCAUCGGGCGAGGUGCCGCUCUACCUAUGUGCGCGUGCACGCGCUCACGGUGUCCUUGUGUGUCUCCUCGAAUGCCGACACACUGGACACCGCCUUCUUCUUGCUUGUACCCAUCUCUACUUUCACCCUCGGGCCCUCAAACUACGCAGCAUUCAGUGUCUUAUUCUUCGCCGUUACCUCAUACAGCUAGCUCGGAAUCUGGCCGAAAAAGAACCGUUGCCAAUAGUUUUGGCUGCAGACUUGAACACCAAUCCAGACUCGGAGCCUUACCAGAAUCUGACAGGAGCAGUUAAAGAUGGGCAGGCGCCAGGUCCGGUGCUGGAGGCUGCAAUACCUCUACCAGAGGGUGUUUACACAAACAUAGUUCCUGGAUUCAAAGCUAAUCUGGACACUGUACUGUAUGCAACGCCAGAUCAACAGAAGAGAUGCUUGCGGGUAGCGCAUGCCUUUCCUGUACCUCCAGAAGCUGCAGUGUUGGCAGAUGGCCGCAACGCUCGUCCGGCCUUUUCGCCCCUCCUUCCUGAGGCCGAGGGAGGUCUUACACUCCCUAAUUCUCAAUUUCCCUCCGAUCAUCUCUCUCUUGCCGUCGAUUUCAUUCUCGAUUGA